AUGUCCGGUGAAGACGCUCCUCCUCAAGUUUACUCGCUAGAAAAUGGUUUUCCAUACAGUCACCAUCCCUAUGGUGCUCAACUUGCCAGACCAGAUGGUCCUUUGCUAGUGCAAGAUUUUCAUCUAAUCGAGUCGUUGGCUCAUUUUGACAGGGAAAGAGUUCCUGAAAGAGUUGUGCAUGCUAAAGGUGGUGGAUGUCGUUUUGAAUUUGAGUUGACUGAUUCCUUGAGCGAUAUUACAUUUGCUGCUCCAUAUCAAAAAGUGGGCUACAAAUGUCCUGGUAUUGUCCGUUUCUCCACUGUGGGACGUGAAUCUGGCUCUCCAGAUACCGUGAGAGAUCCAAGAGGUGUCUCUUGGAAGUUCUACACUGAAUGGGGAAACCACGACUGGGUUUUCAACAACACUCCAGUCUUCUUCAUCAGAGAUGGACUUCAAUUCCCUCAUUUCAUUCAUACCCAAAAGAGGGACCCACAAAAUCAUUUGAGUCAGGACAUCGAUACUGCAAUUUUCUGGGAUUACUUGACUCAAAAUUUGGAAUCUAUCCAUCAAAUUACUUACAUGUUUGGUCCAAGAGGUACUCCAUCUUCAUGGGCUGAUAUGUCUUCUUACUCCGGUCACACCUUCAAAUUCAUCAAUGAGAAGAAUGAAAUGACCUAUGUGCAAAUUCAUGUCCGCCCUGAAAACGGUUUCAAGACCUUCACUGCCGCUGAGGCCAACAAACUUGCCGGUGAAAGUCCAGACUACAACCAAGCCAAGCUCUUCACACAGUUGCAAAAUGGUGAACGUCCAAAGUACAACUGUUACGUGCAAACCAUGACUCCAAAGCAGGCAGAAGAAUUCAGGUAUUCCGUUAAUGAUUUGACCAAGAUUUGGCCCCACAAGGAAUUCCCAUUGAGGAAAUUCGGUACUCUAACCCUAACCGAAAACGUUACCAACUAUUUCGAAGAAAUUGAACAAAUUGCGUUCAGCCCAACCAACACUUGUAUUCCAGGUAUCGAACCAUCUAAUGACACCGUCUUGCAGGCAAGAUUGUUUUCUUACCCAGACACUCAACGUCAUAGAUUAGGUGGUAACUACCAACAAUUGCCAGUAAACAGACCAAGAAACAUGGGCUGCCCAGUCGUCAGCAUGUUUUCAUCUGGUUUGAGUUCUGCCGAAGCGAACAUUGGUGCUAACAAGUGUCCUCAUCUUCUUUCGAAUUUCCAAAGAGAUGGACCUCAAUGUCUAUACAACAAAGGCAGCGAACCAAACUAUAUCUCUUCGCUACCCAAGGCUAACCUAAAAUACAAAAAUUUGAAUAACAACGAUUAUACCGAGAAAUUCACUGGUUUGGUCUUGGAUGAAGAUAUGAGAAAGAAUAUGGCCAAGCAAGAAGCCGAAAGAGCUGCCCAUGAGAAGAUUAUCAACGGUAAGAUCAAUGAAUAUUAUUACAAGAGUGGUGUCAGUGAGAUGGAUCUCGAACAACCAAGAGCCUUAUACGAAAAAGUGUUCGAUGAUGAGACCAAAAAGAUGCUUGUUGAGAACGUUGUUGCCCACGCAUCUCUAAGCUCUGCUCCUCACAUCAAAGUUAGAGCCAGCCAAUAUUUUGGCUUAUUGAACAGAGAUUUGGGUGCAGCUAUCGCCGAAGGCUUGAAGAUUCCUUACGAGCAUGUCGAUCUGGAAGGCUACGCUAGAUCUAUCGGUGUUGCAAGCUCUGCUUAG